GUUUAGGUGCUUGUGUUUGUAUUUGUGCCGGCAACCAUUUCCCAUUCGGAUGUCGCUAUAGCUUUUCAUAUGUGAAAAGUUCUCAGCACAUACACAGCAAAAGAUUUCAGUUCGAUUGCAACGAACAACGGCGAACACACACAUUCAUUCGUAUUUGACGAGCUUUGUGGCGCGUAUUCAGUCGCUUUAGCCAACGACGUCCGCAGUACUACGACGACUUGUGGAAGUCAACAACGCAUCGAGCCAUUAUUCGAGCAACAGUCAGUCAGCAACAUUGUCAUCGUCCGGUAGUGUUUAGUGGCCACCUGCGAGAAGCGCGCGUUUUCGAAAAUUCUCGAGCAAAACUAAUAAAGUAUUAAAUUUUCGUGGAAAAUAUAGAAAUUUUUUCUCUCUCAAAUAAUAUUUGUGUAUAUUUUUGGAAAAAUUUUGAAAAUAUUCAUGCAGUGCUGAGAAUAAAACGAGACAAGUGAGCAAUAUUAAAAAUAUAUGAAUAAUAUCGAAAAAGUUCAAUGUGCAAUUUGUAAUAUUUUAAAAUUUUCAAAAAGCGAGUGUUAACCCUCGUGUGUGGGCAUAAAAAUAUAUUUUUUCUACUUAGCACCAAUAUGUGUAAGAAAUAACAAAGUACUUUUUUUAUUUUCAAAUAAAACUACUUGUAUAAUUAAAAAACAAUAUAUUUUUUUAAAUUCACAACGACAUAAGUCUACUAAAUAAAUAGAAAGCAUGUCCACUUCAGCAUAUUUCCUGUCGUUACUCUUGGCCUUGGCAUUGGGGAGCACUGCAGUCGACGCUUUGCUAAAAUGUUGGCGCUGCUCAACAGAUGUAUCCAAUGGUGGCUUCUGCGAUGAUCCAUUCGAUCCGGAAUUCAUUUCCGACCAACAACGUUACUGGAGUUACGUGAAUUGCUCAUAUUCUUCGGGUUUCAAGGCGGUCAACGCACGACCAGUGUGUAAGAAACUUGUACAAGAAGUUUACGGCAAACGUGUUAUUUCCCGCUCUUGUUUUUACGAAGACUAUGAAGACUCCUCCGAUCGCUGCGGUCAUGAAACUAGCUCAUCCUACAUCAAAACGAUUUUCUGUCAAACAUGCAGCAGCGAUGGCUGCAAUGGCGCUGUCACUUUCACGCCUUACGUCGCGUUAGUCCUACUACCUAUCGGCACGCUGCUAAUCAAGCUGUUCAAAUGAAGUUCGUAGAAGCGGGAGCGCAGUUGAGGUUAUGGCGAGAAUCGUUCGGAGUCCACCUUUGCAAUGCUUUGUAAUCUUAAGAUAAAACCAGCUCUUUAAAUAGUUUUAUGUUUUAAACACAUAAGUCACUUUUAAACAUACUAUAAGUUAGCGAAUUAAUUUUGCAAUGAAUAUAAAAAAAAAUUAAAUAUAAUUCGUUGGAGUUGUCGUUUUUUAAACUGUAGAAUAUGUGUUAAAUAUGUAGUUAAAUUUUUUCACUUCAAACCCAAAACAUUUAGAGGAAAAAUUUUUCAAAACAUUUUAAAUAAAUUAUUAACAACUCAAAACUAUAACUAAUAUAAUUCGCACAAAACACAAAGAUUUUUAAUAGCAAGAAAAUUUGUAUUCAGCACCGCUAAGCAAAACAUGCAGAGUUUUGAACUAAUUCCUUACUAAUCAGGAAAUUAUGGUAUAACGGUUUCUAGUACACGAAAUAUGCAGUAAGUUUUGAAAUACCCAUCAACAUGCGAGGCUGCAACACAAAGUCUAUAUAAUCUUAAAAAUAAAUAAUAUCGUUUAUACAAACAUACAAACAUGUAUUACCGUUAUUCACAUAAUAGCCAACUAUGGUAAAUGAUUUUGAACGUCCAAAUACAGUGUAAAUUAGUGUUCAAAUUAUCAUUUUUAAAGUAAAAUAAAUAACAUAGCAACAGCGUUGUCAUACAAUUUACAUAUUUACUGUAUUGUACAAUUUUAUUAAUUUAAGAACAUCAGAAGUCCCAAUAAACUGAGUGAUUAUGAAA